AUGUUUAUGUUCAAAGAAAAGCAACAACUUGACACGUGUCAUUUCACAGGAAUUUGACUCGGCGGAGCCACCGGGGGUAGAAAAAAAAAGAAAGAAAAAGCUCUUUCGUUCUUUGUAAUAUUGGCGUAGGCAAAAUAAAUCCAUUACGCUUCAAAGAUUGAAAUUAACCGAUCUAACCACUUUCAUUUGAUUAAUUAUUAAUUUAUUUAUUUUCUCGAUAUACGGUCAAUGGUGAAGGAGAAGGGGGAGGAGGAGGAUCAAGUGACCGGACGGUGGAAGAGCUGAAAGGAUGUCAUCAACGGGAGACCUAGACCUUCAAAUCGAGCAGCUGAUGAAGUGUAAGCCACUGUCGGAGGAGGAGGUGAAGGCGUUAUGCGAGCAGGCACGAGCGGUACUGGUUGAGGAAUUGAACGUGCAGCCGGUGAACUGUCCAGUAACGGUAUGUGGUGAUAUUCACGGUCAGUUUUAUGAUCUGGUAGAGCUGUUCCGGAUAGGAGGUAAUGUGCCUGAUACCAAUUAUCUCUUCAUGGGAGAUUAUGUAGAUCGUGGGUACUACUCAGUUGAAACUGCCACACUUUUAGUGGCUCUGAAGGUCCGCUAUAGAGAUAGAAUCACAAUUCUCAGAGGAAAUCAUGAAAGCCGGCAGAUAACACAAGUGUAUGGUUUUUAUGAUGAAUGCUUGAGAAAAUAUGGAAAUGCCAAUGUGUGGAAGUAUUUUACGGACCUCUUUGAUUAUUUACCACUCACAGCCCUUAUAGAGAGUCAGAUCUUUUGUUUACAUGGAGGGCUUUCACCAUCUUUGGACACAUUAGACAAUAUUCGAGCAUUGGACCGAGUACAAGAGGUUCCUCAUGAUGGACCAAUGUGUGAUCUCUUGUGGUCUGAUCCUGAUGACCGAUGUGGUUGGGGUGUAUCUCCACGUGGUGCCGGUUAUACAUUUGGACAAGAUAUUGCUGCUCAGUUCAACCGUACCAAUGGUCUCACUCUUAUCUCAAGAGCCCAUCAGCUCGUCAUGGAAGGAUACAAUUGGUGUCAGGACAAGAAUGUGGUUACUGUCUUCAGUGCUCCAAAUUAUUGCUAUCGUUGCGGGAACAUGGCUGCAAUUUUAGAGAUUGGGGAGAAUAUGGACCAGAAUUUUCUUCAGUUCGAUCCAGCACCGCGGCAAGUUGAUCCCGACUCCAUGUCCAAGACUCCUGAUUAUUUCUUGUAACUAUAUAUUUAUCCAUGCUAGUUGUUUCUACUUUCUAGCACCCCUUUUACUGAUGAAUGUGUUGAAAGGUAGAGGCUUUUCUAAGUUUUGGUUCACCUCCAUAGCAUCAUUCUUUGAUGUUUACAGUUAGUCCAGCUGCUGCAUUGUUAAUGUCUAGCAGUACUGAUAAAAGGCUCCAAUGCCCUUUUGCCUUUUGUAUAUUUCUCGUAGGAGGAAAGCAGCAAAUAACAUGUUAUCUUGUUCAGUGUUGAAAAAAUCAGACCGUUUCAUUAAA